AUGGCGUAUCGUCUUACAUUGAACAGCGGACACCUUAUUCCACAGGUAGCUCUGGGUACAUCAAGGAUUUCAAAGGAUAAUGUAGAAGUCUGUAUAAAUCGAGCAUUAGAGAUGGGAUACCGUCACAUAGAUACAGCUGCUUACUAUGGAAACGAGAUAGCCAUUGGCAAGGCACUACAGGAACAUAUGGAAUCCACUGAUCUGGGUCGGGAGGAUGUAUUUAUCGCAACCAAAUUAUUUCAAACUUUCAUGACCGGACAUGCUGUUGAACCAGCGUUAGAUGAAAGUCUUAGGCGACUAAGACUGGAUUAUGUUGACAUGUUCCUUGUUCAUUUCCCAUGUUCAAUGAAGAAUGAUGAUGCUUACUGUGAGAAACAAACAAUUCCUAGGGAGAAUUUGUCAGUUGAUUUAAGAGAAACAUGGAAGGCUAUGGAGGAAAUGGUUUAUAAGGGGAAAACGCGUUCAAUUGGAGUAUGUAACUUUAAUUCAAAACAGCUAGAUUACAUUUGUGAGGGAGCCCGCAUACUACCAGUCGUUAAUCAGGUUGAGGUGCAUGCAAGAUUUCCUCAGAAGAAACUUCACGAGUUUUGUAAAUCCAGGAAUAUCCUUCUUGAAGCGUUCAGUCCCCUUGGUUCUCCACACUUCAAAGGACCGGCCGAAAUAAAUGUAGUACAAUCGUCGGAUAACUUGGUGGAGAAUCCUAUCAUAGUGGACAUCGCCGAGAAAUAUAAACGUACACCUGGACAGAUUCUCCUUCGGAACCUCGUACAAAGGGGUAUUGUUGUGAUUCCCAAAUCCGAAAAUCCAAAGAGAAUGAAAGACAACUUACAGAUUUUCUCAUUUUCCUUGAGCAACGAGGAAAUGGAGAAGAUAGACAAACUUGACAAUGGAAAACGUCGGUUUAUCUUUUCAUGGUUCAGUACACAUCCCGAAUAUCCUUUCAAUGAAGAAUUUUAG